UCCAGGGGGCGCCAUCACACAGGACAACUUGUCUGCAUACGGCUCUGUCCAUGGGGAAUGAGGACAUUAUGGAUCUUAGGAGACAAAGGAACAAACCGAAAUCCCCCGACAGGAAGGGGUUAAAUGUCUCUAUUUCCUCCUGUAUCAACUGCGACAAAUCCUCCACAGAUCAUCACAGAUUUAUAAGAUACAAGAUGUGGGCGGAAUCAUCCGGAAUCAUUGUGACUAUAAUGUCUCCUCAGAUGUUUCCCCAGAUUAUCUCCAGGAAAUGGAUUUUAUUUCUCCAUAGAAUCUGGUGCGGUUUAUCAUCGUCUCCUCUUCUUCCCUUCAGGUUUCUCCAAUCCAGGAUCCUCUGCUGAUAUCUUCUAUAUAAGAGAAUUCUCCUGGAUGACCCAUCAACCAUGGAGAGAGACAGGAACAAGAUGGCCGACAGGAUCAUAAACCUCACCCUACAGAUACUCUUCCGGCUUACUGGAGAGGAUUACACAGUAGUGAAGAAGUCCUCUAGUGGGCGCUGUCGGGCCCCUGUGUGUGAAGGAUGGGGAAGAACCCUGAGCCCAAUCCCGGGGCCCCCACCUCACUCCCUGAUACAUGAGGAAAUGGAUGAACAGAAGAUCCGAGAACUCAUCAACAAGAUGAUGGAGCUGCUGACUGGAGAGGUUCCUAUAAGGUGUCAGGACGUGGCGGUCUAUUUCUCCAUGGAGGAGUGGGAGUAUGUAGAAGGACACAAGGAUCAGUACAAGGAUCAGGUCAUGAUGGAGGAUCAGCAGCCCCUCACAUCACCAGUCAGAUCCAGUAAGAGAACAGCACCAGAGAGGUGUCCCCGUCCUCUUCUUCCACAGGAUGAUCAGGGAGAAGAUCUGAACAAUAUUAAUGGUAUAAACAUAAUAGUAAAAGAAGAAGAGACAGAUGUGAGCGGUGAUGAGCAGUAUAAGGAGGACAUUCCUACAGAUUCUUGUAGCAGGAGAUCAGAGGAGAAUCUUAUAUCUUCAGAUUAUAAAGCAGAUGAUGAUAUCACACAAGAUACAUAUGAAGAACAUUCCAUUAUCCCAGAUACACCCUCAGCCCUUCACAGCCAAGAUCUCUCAUCUCAUCCUUAUAUACCAGUCUUAUAUUCUGAUUUGUUACAGUUUAAGCAAAAUAAGGAGACGUUAUUGUCGUGUUUUACUCAGAAAACAGAUCUUGUUCAACAUCAGAGAAGUCACACAGGAGAGAAGAUAGUUUCAUGUUCUGAAUGUGGAAAAUGUUUUACUCGGAAAUCAUAUCUUACUGAACAUGGAAGAAUUCAUACCGGAGAGAAGCCAUUUUCAUGUUCACAUUGCGAGAAGUGUUUUGCUCAGAGAUCAGAUCUUGUUAGACAUCAAAGAACUCACACGGGGGAAAGGCCAUUUUCAUGUUCAGACUGUGGGAAAUGUUUUACUGACAAAUCAAAUCUAGUUAAACAUCAGAAAACUCACUCAGGACUGAAGCUGUUUUCAUGUGCAGAAUGUGGGAAAAGUUUUACACAGAAAACAGAUCUUGUCCAGCAUCAAAGAAAUCACACAGGGGAGAAGCCAUUUUCAUGUUUAGAAUGUGGGAAAUGUUUUACUCGGAAAUCAUAUCUCACUGAACAUGAAAGGACUCACACAGGGGAGAAGCUUUUUUCUUGUUCGGAAUGUGGGAAAUGUUUUGCUCAGAAAUCAAAUCUUGUUAAACAUCAGAGAACUCACACAGGGGAGAAGCCAUUUUCAUGCUCAGAAUGUGGGAAAUGUUAUACUCAGAAAUCAAAACUUAUUAAACAUCAAAAAAUCCACACAGGGGCGAAACCGAUUUGCAGAGGGAGGGGAAGACGGACGUAUCAUUGGAUUUGUAGUGUGUCGAAUGUGCUGGACUUUGUAGUGCCACCAAUGUUAUUGAGACAAUGCACGAUCAGACCAGAUCACAAUGAUCGUUGGAUGGUGAAUGUUCCAUUAUGUCAAAUUUGGCCAUUUUCUUCUGUGUUAUUCUCUGCAGAUUCUUGUAGCAGGAGAUCAGAGGAGAAUCUUAUAUCUUCAGAUUAUAAAGCAGAUGAUGAUAUCACACAAGAUACAUAUGAAGAACAUUCCAUUAUCCCAGAUACACCCUCAGCCCUUCACAGCCAAGAUCUCUCGUCUCAUCCUUAUAUACCAGUCUUAUAUUCUGAUUUGUUACAGUUUAAGCAAAAUAAGGAGACGUUAUUGUCAUUUUUUACUCAGAAAACAGAUCUUGUUCAACAUCAGAGAAGUCACACAGGAGAGAAGAUAGUUUCAUGUUCUGAAUGUGGAAAAUGUUUUACUCGGAAAUCAUAUCUUACUGAACAUGGAAGAAUUCAUACCGGAGAGAAGCCAUUUUCAUGUUCACAUUGCGAGAAGCGUUUUGCUCAGAGAUCAGAUCUUGUUAGACAUCAAAGAACUCACACAGGGGAGAAGCCAUUUUCAUGUUCAGACUGUGGGAAAUGUUUUACUGACAAAUCAAAUCUUGUUAAACAUCAAAAAACUCACUCAGGACUGAAGCUGUUUUCAUGUGCAGAAUGUGGGAAAAGUUUUACACAGAAAACAGAUCUUGUCCAGCAUGAAAGAACUCACACAGGGGAGAAGCCAUUUUCAUCUUUAGAAUGUGGAAAAUGUUUUACUCGGAAAUAAUAUCUCACUGAACAUGAAAGGGCUCACACAGGGAACAAGUGUUUUUCUUGUUUCGAAUGUGGCAAAUGUUAUACUCAGAAAUCAAAUCUUGUUAAACAUCAGAGAACUCACACAGGGGAGAAGCCCUUUUCAUGUUCAGACUGUGGGAAAUGUUUUACUGACAAAUCAAAUCUUGUUAAACAUCAAAAAAACUCACUCAGGACUGAAGCUGUUUUCAUGUGCAGAAUAUAGGAAAAGUUUUACACAGAAAACAGAUCUUGUCCAGCAUCAAAGAACUCACACAGGGGAGAAGCCAUUUUCAUGCUCAGAAUGUGGGAAAUGUUAUACUCAGAAAUCAAAACUUAUUAAACAUCAAAAAAAUCCCCACGGGAGCGAAAACGAUUUAAAACAAUAUAUGAUGAUAGAUCCAGAAAGCAAAUAUAAUUUAGAUAACACAUCUAAAUAUU